AUCGAGACGAUGCGAGUCUCUGGGCAUGUCGAGGUCGCCGAGGGUUUCGGGCUGGCGCUGGAUGCUGGCCUGCGCUCGGCCGAGCUCCUAAGCUUGCUCGUCGGGGACGCGAUGUUCACCGACGGCGCUGACGGGCGCCCCCUUGUCGCGUUCCGCUUCGGCGUGAUCGGGCGGGGCGAGGGAGCCAAGACAGGGGCGGGGCAGGGCGCCUUGAUUGACCGUCAGCACGUGGCCCAGAUGGCACUGCGACGGACGCCGCGGCAGAUGCAGCGGAGAGGGCGGCGGGCAUCCGACGAGAGCGCGAUGAAGCGCGCGAAGAGCCGCGCCCACGUCGCCGCAGGAGAGGCCGCGCCGGCGGACAUCCUCGAGAAUGGCGCAGAGCUGCUUCGCGCCGGCCGGCGCCCUGAGCAA